UAUUUAUUAGUGGAAAUAUUAAAAAAAUAAAUAUGGGUGGAAAAUGGUCAAGCAUGGAUCCUUCUGAAAUUGAAGUUCCAGAGAUAAAUACUUUAUUAGAAAGAGAUCCAUAUUUAAAACCUUAUGAAAAUGAAAUUCGUAAAAGGUAUGCAUUAUUUAAAGAUUAUGUGGAAAAGAUAGAAGCUGGUGAUGGCAGUUUAGAUAAAUUUUCAAGAGGCUAUGAAGUUUUUGGAAUUCAUAUAAAUGAAGAUAAUAGUGUUAUUGCAAGGGAAUGGGCACCUGGUGCACAGGAAUUAUUUUUAACAGGAGAUUUUAAUGGUUGGAAUAAGACAGCUAAUUCAUAUAAAAAAUUAGAUUAUGGAAAAUGGGAAUUACAUUUACCUCCUAAUUCCGAUGGUAGUUGUCCCAUAAAACACCUUUCAGAAGUUAAAAUAAUUGUGAAAGAUCAUAACAAUGAAUUAUUGGAACGAUUAAGUCCUUGGGCUAUGUAUGUUACACAAAAUCGAGCUGAAAGUGCAACAUAUAAACAACGUAUAUGGCACCCAUCAUCCGAAAAUAUUUAUAAAUUUAAGUACCAUAAACAAAAAAAACCAGAAAGUCUUAGAAUUUAUGAAUGUCAUGUUGGUAUUGCAACUCAGGAAUUAAAAGUUGGUUCAUAUCUAGAAUUUGCAAAAAACACAAUUCCUCGCAUUGUAAAACAAGGCUAUAAUGCCAUACAAUUAAUGGCUAUUAUGGAACAUGCUUAUUAUGCAAGUUUCGGAUAUCAGGUGACUUCAUUUUAUGCUGCUUCAUCUCGUUAUGGUACACCAGAAGAGUUAAAACAGUUAAUAGAUACAGCACAUCAGCAUGGAUUGUAUGUUUUAUUGGAUGUAGUGCAUUCACAUGCAUCAAAAAAUACUUUGGAUGGAUUAAAUAUGUUUGAUGGUACUGAUGCUUGCUUCUUCCAUACUGGUAAUCGUGGUCAGCAUCCACUUUGGGAUAGUAGGCUCUUUAAUUAUGGAGAAUAUGAAGUAUUGCGAUUUUUACUUUCCAAUUUACGUUGGUACCUCGAGGAAUAUAAUUUUGAUGGAUUUAGAUUUGAUGGUGUUACUUCAAUGUUGUAUCAUUCAAGAGGAGCUGGACAAGGUUUUAGUGGUCACUAUGAAGAAUAUUAUGGUUUGAAUGUUGAUGUUGAAGGUGUAGUAUAUUUAAUGCUUGCAAAUCAUAUGCUGCAUUAUUUGUAUCCAGAAAUUAUUACAAUAGCAGAGGAUGUUAGUGGAAUGCCUGGAGUUUGUAGACCAAUUACUGAAGGUGGUUUAGGAUUUGACUAUCGACUAGCUAUGGCUAUUCCUGAUAAAUGGAUUAAACUCUUAAAAGAAGUAAAAGAUGAAGAUUGGAAAAUUGGAGAUAUUUGUUGGACAUUAAGUAAUCGAAGAUGGAUGGAAAAAACAGUAGCUUAUUCAGAAUCUCAUGAUCAAGCUCUUGUAGGAGAUAAAACAAUUGCAUUUUGGCUUAUGGAUAAAGAAAUGUAUACUCAUAUGAGUAUAUUCAGUCCACCUAAUGCAAUUAUAAGUCGUGGAAUUGCCCUUCAUAAUCUCAUUACAUUAAUCACACAUGCAUUAGGAGGAGAAGGUUAUUUAAACUUUAUGGGUAAUGAAUUUGGUCAUCCUGAGUGGUUAGAUUUUCCACGCGCGGGUAACGCAGAUAGUUACCAUUAUGCUAGAAGACAAUGGAAUUUAGUAGAUGAUGAAUUACUAAAAUACAAAUUUAUGAACAAUUGGGAUUGUGCUAUAAAUACUCUUGAAGAAAAAUAUGGAUGGCUACAUACUCAACCUGGGUAUGUAAGUUGGAAACAUGAAGAGGACAAAGUUAUUGUUUUUGACAGAGCAGAACUUAUAUUUGUUUUUAAUUUUCAUCCAGUCAAGUCAUUUCCUGAUUAUACUAUAGGAGUAAAAACUGCAGGAACUUACAAAAUUCUUUUAUGUAGCGAUGAUACAAAGUUUGGUGGAGAAAACCGAGUUGAUACUAAUGUACAACAUUUUACUGCACCAGAACCAUAUUCUGAUUAUCCAAAUCGUAUGAUGAUUUACAUUCCUUGCCGUACAGCUAUCAUAUAUAUUCGAGAAUCCUAAGUGCCUUCCAGAGGUAUAAUCGGAAGAAAACUUGAGUUU